CCUUCCCAAGACCCAAGAAAGCACGCCGAGAAAUUACGUGGAGAUCCGCCAAAUCGGUUGCCUAAUCCGGGCUCCCGCCAAGGGAGUGAGUGAGUGAGUGCCCAUGGGAUUUUCGACUUCUCCUCUUCCUUUCUCGCUCUCGCUCUCGCACUCUCUCCUUCACAAUCCACAAUCCACAGCCUUGCUCUUCGCAUUUCUUGUCCUGUGGACUGCUACCACCUACUCUUCUAUCCGAUAAAAACCACACCCUUUCUUUGUCUUCGUCUCUGAAGAAAUCACAAAGAUGUCCUACAACAAACCGGACAACCCACCCCCCUCCUACCCCUCCCCCGUCCACGACGCAGGACCCUACCACUACCAACAGCAGCAACAAGGCUACCCACCCCAAGGCGGCGCCUCCCAGGACUAUUAUAAUCAAGGCGGCGGCGGCUACCCCCCGCAGCAAGGCUACGGCCCCCCGCAAGGCGGCGCUGGUGGCUACUACCCCCCUCCCCAGGGCUAUCCGGGCUCGCCGCCCCCGCAGCAGCAGCCGAUGUACUAUCCGCAACAGCAACCGCCGCCGCAGCAGGGGUACUAUGCUGGAGGGGAUCGGGGCGGGGGCUCGUCGGGUGGGGGCAUGUGUGCGGGCAUUAUGGCGGCGUUGGCUUGUUGUUGUUGUUUGGAUAUUUUGUUCUAGGUGGAGGAAGUUGUGGG